CAGUGAAAACAAAAUAAAAGAAAGCGGUGGCCGUGUUUACUGAAAUCACAGAAGUGAAAAAUAUUUUUACACAAUUUAUUAAAAAAAUAUUAAUAAAUAAUAUAAUUAUUAACUUUAUUGCAUAUUAAAAGAAUAAAUAAACAUGGCUGAUGCCGCUGCCAGACAGCUGCAAUAUGAAUAUAAAGCGAACUCAAAUUUGGUUUUGCAAGCUGAUGUUAGACUUAUCGAACGUCCAAGACGUGAUGAGGCUACCGGCGAGGUUAUGUCCUUAGUGGGCAAACUGGAGGGCACACGUAUGGGUGAUCGCUAUCAACGUUCAAAGCCGGAAAAAACUGAAGAACGUAAGGCUAAACGGCAGAAACGUGAUGAAGCUCAAUAUGAUUUUGAACGCAUGAAGGGAGCAACUCUUUUGUCCGAGGGUAUUGAUGAAAUGGUAGGCAUUGUUUAUCGUCCCAAAACCCAGGAAACCCGUCAAACUUAUGAGGUGUUGUUAAGUUUUAUUCAAGAAGCCUUGGGCGAUCAGCCUAGAGAUAUUCUAUGUGGUGCAGCUGAUGAAAUUUUGGCUGUUCUCAAAAAUGACAAACUUAAAGAUCGUGAACGUAAGCGGGAAAUUGAUAGUUUAUUGGGUUCGGUUACAGAUGAAAGAUUUGCUUUACUUGUUAAUUUAGGCAAGAAAAUUACUGAUUUUGGUUCGGAUGCAGUUACCGCUUUAAAUUCGAAUGUUAAUGAAGAACAAAUUGAUGAAACUUAUGGUAUUAAUGUACAAUUUGAAGAGUCCGAAGAGGAAAGUGACAAUGAUAUGUAUGGUGAGAUAAGAGAUGAAGAUGGUCAGGAAGAAGGUGAAGAAGCUCGCAUUGAUCAUACUUUACAUGCAGAAAACUUACUUGCCGAAGAAUCUGUUAAUGUUAAAAAAGAACGUGGCCUACAUCCCCUCGACAUUGAUGCCUAUUGGCUGCAGCGUUGUCUUAGCAAAUACUAUAAAGAUGCUAUGGUUUCUCAGAGCAAAGCUGCAGAUGUUUUGCGCAUCCUUAAAGAUGCUGCCGACGAAAGAGAUUGUGAAAAUCAAUUGGUACUUUUGUUGGGCUACGAUUGUUUUGAUUUUAUCAAACAAUUGAAACUUAAUCGUCAAAUGAUUUUAUACUGUACAAUGUUGGCGUCAGCUCAGACCGAUAGCGAACGUCAACGUAUACGUGAAAAGAUGCGUAAUGAUAAUAAAUUGGCUAAAAUCCUAGUACAAUUAGAUACCGGCAAGACAGAAGAUGAGGAAGGUUAUGGUAAUAGUUCUCGUACUAGUAAACUGGAUAAAUCACAACUGGAUGAUGCUGGUCAGGGUAUGGCAGGACAAGUACCGGGACAAAGACAACUUUUAGAAUUGGAUGAAUUGUCGUUUACCCAAGGUUCUCAUUUCAUGGCCAACAAAAGAUGUCAAUUGCCUGAUGGCUCAUUUCGUAAACAACGUAAAGGUUAUGAGGAGGUACAUGUGCCGGCAUUAAAACAAGUUCCCUUUGAGGAUAAAGAAGAAUUACAACCCAUAGAUAAGCUGCCCAAAUAUGUGCAACCCGUUUUUGAGGGUUUCAAAUCCUUGAAUCGUAUACAAUCUAGAUUAUGGCGUUCUGCUUUAGAGUCUGACGAAAAUAUGCUUUUGUGUGCACCCACUGGUGCUGGUAAAACUAAUGUUGCCCUGCUGUGUAUGAUGCGUGAGAUAGGCAAACAUAUCAAUGAAGAUGGUACCAUUAAUGCCGAUGAUUUUAAGAUUAUUUAUGUCGCUCCCAUGAAAUCUUUGGUACAAGAAAUGGUGGGUAAUUUUGGCAGAAGAUUGGCUUGUUAUAAUCUUACCGUUUCCGAAUUGACGGGAGAUCAUCAGCUGACUAGAGAACAAAUAGCUGCUACUCAAGUGAUUGUUUGUACCCCGGAGAAAUGGGAUAUUAUAACACGUAAGGGUGGUGAAAAGACUUUUACUUCGUUGGUACGUUUGGUUAUUAUUGAUGAAAUUCAUUUGUUGCACGAUGAAAGAGGUCCGGUUUUGGAGGCUUUAGUGGCGCGCACAAUACGUAAUAUAGAAGUUACACAAGAAGAUGUUAGGCUGGUAGGUCUAUCUGCUACAUUGCCCAAUUACCAAGAUGUUUCCACUUUUCUGCGUGUUAAGCCCGAUAAGGGCCUUUUCUACUUCGACAACAGUUUCCGUCCAGUGGCUUUGGAACAACAAUAUAUUGGUGUUACCGAAAAGAAAGCUCUUAAAAGAUUCCAAGUAAUGAAUGAGAUUGUUUAUGAAAAAACUAUGGAACAUGCGGGACGUAAUCAAGUUUUAGUGUUUGUACAUUCACGUAAAGAAACCGGUAAAACGGCUCGCGCGGUACGUGAUAUGUGUUUGGAAAAGGAUACUUUAGGUAGUUUUCUACGUGAAGGUUCGGCGAGUAUGGAGGUAUUAAGAACUGAAGCUGAACAAGUGAAAAAUACUGAAUUAAAGGAACUUUUACCUUAUGGCUUUGCUAUACAUCAUGCUGGUAUGUCGAGAGUAGAUCGUACUUUGGUCGAAGAUCUUUUUGCUGAUCGUCAUAUACAGGUUCUGGUUUCCACAGCCACUUUAGCCUGGGGUGUUAACUUGCCCGCCCAUACCGUCAUAAUCAAAGGUACUCAAGUCUACAACCCCGAAAAGGGCAGAUGGGUAGAGUUGUCUGCCUUGGAUGUUUUGCAAAUGUUGGGUCGUGCUGGUCGUCCUCAAUAUGAUACCAAAGGUGAGGGUAUUUUGAUUACCAAUCACAGUGAAUUGCAAUUCUAUCUAUCUCUGCUCAAUCAACAAUUACCCAUUGAGUCACAGUUUGUUUCCAAGUUGCCGGAUAUGUUGAAUGCUGAAAUUGUUUUGGGCACCGUACAGAAUCUAAAGGAUGCUGUCAAUUGGUUGGGUUAUACUUAUCUUUAUAUUCGUAUGUUAAGGAAUCCCUUGCUGUAUGGUGUGGGUCAUGAUGCUUUAAAAGAGGAUCCUUUGCUGGAGCAGCGAAGAGCAGAUUUAAUACACACGGCAGCUUUACAUUUAGAUCGCAGUGGUUUGAUAAAGUACGAUCGUAAAUCUGGCCAAUUCCAGGUUACCGCUUUGGGUCGUAUUGCUUCGCAUUACUAUUGUACCCAUGAGACUAUGAUGACUUAUAAUCAAUUGCUUAAGCAAACUCUAUCGGAAAUUGAAUUGUUUAGAGUGUUUUCUUUAUCUUCGGAAUUUAAACAUAUCGCUGUUAGGGAAGAAGAAAAAUUGGAAUUACAAAAGUUAAUGGAACGUGUACCCAUACCGAUUAAAGAGUCCAUGGAGGAACAUAGUGCUAAAGUGAAUGUUUUACUACAAGCCUAUAUAUCACAGUUGAAAUUGGAAGGUUUUGCUUUAAUGUCCGACAUGGUUUUCAUAACACAAUCCGCUUCUCGUCUAAUGAGAGCCAUUUUUGAGAUUGUUUUACAUCGAGGCUGGGCCCAAUUGGCGGAUAAAUGUUUGACUUUAUGUAAAAUGAUUGAUCGUCGCAUGUGGCAGUCUAUGACACCUCUAAGGCAAUUCAAAAAGAUGCCCGAUGAAAUUGCCAAAAAGCUGGAGAAGAAAAAUUUCCCUUGGGAACGUUUGUACGAUUUGGAACCCCAUGAAAUAGGAGAAUUGAUACGUGUUCCUAAAUUGGGUAAAACAAUACAUAAAUUUGUACAUCAAUUCCCCAAAUUGGAACUAUCCACACAUAUACAACCCAUAACACGUUCUACAUUGAGAGUAGAACUUACUAUAACACCAGAUUUUCAAUGGGAUGAAAAGGUUCAUGGUCAAUCGGAGGGUUUCUGGAUUAUGGUAGAAGAUGUUGAUUCGGAAAUCAUAUUACAUCAUGAAUUCUUUUUACUCAAGGAGAAAUAUUGUCAAGACGAACAUCAGUUGAAAUUCUUUGUGCCCGUUUUUGAACCUUUACCUCCUCAGUAUUUUUUGAGAAUUGUAUCGGACAGAUGGAUUGGUUCGGAGACACAAUUACCUGUUUCUUUCCGUCAUUUAAUAUUGCCCGAGAAAAAUAUGCCUCCUACCGAAUUGUUGGAUUUACAACCUUUACCCAUUUCGGCCUUAAGAAAUCCCAAAUUUGAAGAAUUCUAUAAAGACAAAUAUCCUCAAUUCAAUCCCAUACAAACGCAAGUUUUUAAUGCUGUCUACAAUAGUGAUGAUAAUGUUUUUGUGGGAGCUCCCACGGGCUCGGGCAAAAUGACAAUAGCAGAAUUUGCCAUAAUGCGUCUGUUCUCCCAACAAAGUGAGGGCAGAUGUGUUUAUUUGGUCUCCAAAGAAGAUUUGGCUGAUUUGGUAUUCGCCGAUUGGCAUACAAAAUUUGCUAACUUGGGUCUUAAGGUGGUAAAAUUGACAGGUGAAACGGGUACAGAUCUUAAGCUGCUAGCUAAGGGUCAGCUUAUUAUAACCACAGCUGAUAAAUGGGAUGUUCUCUCGAGACGUUGGAAACAGCGUAAGAAUGUACAAAAUAUACAUUUAUUCAUAGUGGAUGAAUUACAGCUGGUGGGAGGAGAAGAUGGUCCCGUUCUGGAGGUGGUUUGCUCGAGAAUGCGUUAUAUUUCUUCUCAAAUUGAAAAGCAAAUACGUAUAGUGGCUUUAUCCUCUUCUCUGGCAGAUGCCAGAGAUGUAGCUCAGUGGUUGGGUUGUAACACUAAUGCCACCUUUAAUUUCCAUCCAAGUGUUAGGCCGAUACCUUUGGAAUUACAUAUACAAGGUUUCAAUAUUACACACAAUGCCACCAGAAUAGCCUCCAUGUCUAAACCUGUGUACAAUGCUAUUCUCAAAUACAGUCCUCAUAAACCUGUCAUUGUUUUUGUCUCUUCUCGCAAACAAGCUCGUCUUACCGCCAUUGAUAUUUUAACUUAUUCAGCUUCGGAUUUACAACCCAAUCGCUUUUUCCAUGCUGAAGAGGAAGACAUUAAACCCUUCUUGGAUCGCAUGACUGAUAAAACUUUAAAGGAAACCCUUUCACAGGGUGUAGCUUACUUGCAUGAAGGUCUUACCGCUUCUGAUCAUCGUUUGGUAGAACAACUUUUUGAUUCUGGAGCCGUGCAAGUGGCUGUUGUGGCCAAAGAUUUAGCCUGGGGCAUGAGUAUCUCGGCUCAUUUGGUCAUUAUUAUGGAUACACAAUUCUAUAAUGGUAAAAAUCAUUCAUAUGAAGAUUAUCCCAUAACGGAUGUUCUACAAAUGAUUGGACGCGCCAAUAGACCGAUCGAAGAUGCCGAUGCUAAAUGUGUUUUAAUGUGUCAGUCUUCGAAAAAGGAUUUCUUUAAGAAAUUCCUUAAUGAACCCUUACCCAUUGAAAGUCAUUUGGAUCAUCGUCUGCAUGAUCAUUUUAAUGCUGAAGUUGUUACCAAAACCAUAGAAAACAAACAGGAUGCUGUUGAUUAUCUUACCUGGACUUUCCUCUAUAGACGUUUAACACAAAAUCCCAAUUACUAUAAUUUACAAGGUGUUACACAUCGUCAUUUAUCCGAUCAUUUGUCGGAGUUGGUCGAAAAUACUUUGUCUGAUUUGGAACAAUCUAAAUGUAUUAGUAUUGAAGAUGAUAUGGAUACAUUGCCUCUAAAUCUGGGCAUGAUUGCGGCCUAUUAUUAUAUCAAUUAUACAACAAUAGAACUUUUCAGUUUGUCACUGAAUAGCAAAACAAAAGUUCGAGGUCUUUUGGAAAUCAUAUCCUCGGCAGCGGAAUAUGAGGAUAUUGUGGUGCGUCAUCAUGAAGAAGGCAUAUUAAGAACUUUAUCUCAACGUUUACCCAACAAAUUAACCGGUCCAAAUGAUACGGCUCCCAAAUUCAAUGACCCCCAUAUUAAAACCAACCUACUGUUGCAAGCUCAUUUAUGUCGCCUGCAAUUGGGACCAGAACUGCAAGGUGAUACCGAAAUUAUAUUGGGAAAAGCCAUACGUUUGAUACAAGCCUGUGUAGAUGUUCUCAGUUCGAAUGGUUGGCUUUCGCCGGCUGUAGCUGCUAUGGAGCUGGCACAAAUGGCCACACAAGCUAUGUGGAGCAAGGAUUCAUAUCUUAAACAAUUACCACAUUUUAAUGCUGAAAUCAUUAAGAGAUGUACCGAAAAGAAAAUCGAAACUGUUUUCGAUAUUAUGGAAUUGGAAGAUGAAGAUCGUUCACGUCUUUUGCAAUUAAGCGAUGCCCAAAUGGCCGAUGUGGCACGUUUCUGUAAUCGUUACCCUAAUAUAGAAAUGAACUUUGAGGUAGUUGACAAAGAUCGCAUUAAUUCGGGUUCAACGGUUAAUGUUGUGGUACAAUUGGAAAGAGAAGAUGAAAUUACUGGUCCUGUUAUAGCACCAUUCUUUCCACAGAAACGUGAAGAAGGCUGGUGGGUUGUUAUUGGUGAUUCGAAGACCAACUCUUUACUCUCCAUCAAACGUCUUACUUUACAACAAAAAGCUAAAGUUAAACUUGAUUUUGUGGCACCCAGUCCUGGUCGUCAUGAUUAUACUUUAUAUUUUAUGAGUGAUUCUUAUUUGGGUUGCGAUCAAGAAUAUAAAUUUAAUAUUGAUGUUGGUGAUUUCCAAUCGGAAAGUGAGAGUGAAUCAGAUUAGUUGUGUCCAUAUGUUUAAAUUGCAUAAAGCGUGGGUUUCUUCUUAUAAAUAUUAUUUACAUUUUAAAUUAGCAUAUAGUUGAUAAAAUUGCUAUUCAAAAAAAGUACAUUCAUUAUAUUCAAAUAAAUACAAAUUUACUUGGAAGAGAUUGUUAUAGAUCUUUUUUCAGUGAAAUAAAUACUUAAAAAUAAAUAA